AAAUCUUCACAUGCAAAAAGGAAAAGGAAAAGAUAUGUGAAGAUCAUCAAAACCGCGUUGUGCAAAUAUAAGCCCUCCACAAGAUUUUUGUGUUUGUUGCUAUUACACCUUUUUGACUUGUGUUGAUUUGAUUGCCUCAACCAAACAUCACCAUACAAAACACCCACACCACCAUCGUAUAUAUUGCUCAUUUGUCCACAAUCAGAAUGUAUAAAAUGAAGCACCACUAAGCUUUAUUAUUACCCCAACCAAGAAAACAUACAGAACAAUUGGGAUAAAGGAAAGAGUUUUGUCUGGAAAUGGCAGGCAGUUUUCUUCUUCGCUUACUAGUGCUUCUUCUUUGUGUUUCUCAGCUCAUCUGCUUCAUGAAUGCUGUACCAGUUACUAGAAUAACGAGUUUGCAGCAUAAAUUUCAAGGUUUUGAUCAAGUCUCAGAAUAUAACAACAUGGAAAUUGUAGAAAAGAACAGUUUGAAUUUGGAGACGAUCGGCAGGAGUAGAAUGGAUCUUGAGCUGAAUGAUUAUCCUGGAUCUGGGGCCAAUAAUCGCCAUACACCGAGGCCACAAAAUUAGGGAGAUGCUCCAAGAUUUCUAUUAGAAAAAGUUGGCAUCAUUGAAGAGUCCGUGGGCAAUCCCUUUCUAGGCAACCAGAACCAGUGAAAGCAGAGUGAACAGCUCUGAUUGCUAGAUAUAUAUUCUCGUUAUCAUUAGUGUUUAGCAAAGUUGUGACCUGUAGUAUGAUUUUCUCCCCAGCUAUGGUAACAGCACAUAAUCGUAGGCAGAUUAGGAUAUGUUCUUUUUACUCAAAACUAGGAAAUGAGGGGUGAUGUUAGAAUUUAGAAGUGUGAAUUUUGAGUGUAUCAAGGUGGGAAUAAAAAGCAGGAGAAUAAUGGGAGUCAAAUUUAGAUAUAUGUCUUAUGUUUAGUCUAAUGAUAUUAAUACUUGACAACUUUACUUCUUGACUCU